AUGAGCAAUCACUCACCACUUCCGCGGCAGUUUAGUGCUCGUAUUCAACCGCAGGAUAUUGAGACGCCCAUCUCAAUCAUGCUAGAAUCGCCUACGAGAAACGGUAGUCGACAUUCAUCCGCUACCCAUCUUGGUGGUCGACUUCAAGUGCAUGAUGAUCCGACGUCUACCACCACACAAGAGAUCCCGCUUGUAUCACCACGUAAAAGUCGGCCAUCUUCUCCGUGUCAGGAGACAAAUGAUAUUGUCCGUGUACGUAAGGAUCUACCCGCCAACAAGCUCGAGCAGCCAAUUAGAAAUACCCCGCAAAGCAUCGAUAUACCUGCCAUCAAGCUCGAACAACCGGUCAGGAAAAUUCCACUUUCACCAAUCCGGCAGCUUAGCGAACGCAUUAAACUUCAUGAUGACGGAGCGCUUGCUAACAGGCCGACUUUAGUGAUUCGGCAGCCCAGUGAUCGCUUACAGAUUCAUCGCGAUGGUACGGUAACAACAAAGAGGAAUUCAGCCGGUAUCAAAACAAUAGAGGCUGUGUCAAUUGCCACAGAGGCGAAAACCGCGCGGGACUCCAGUGAUCAUGAUGUUAUCGGUGAUGAGCAUCAUGAGGCUCUGCAUUCUGAAAACACUCGCGAGAGUAAUUCCAGUAGUCCAGACGUACCAUCAUCAUCAUCUACAGCACGAUUUGUACCAUUGCACAACCAGUGGACCUAUGGUCAGCCUGUUUUCGGACGAUACAAGAAGACGCCGUACUUUUACUCAGGUAAUAUCGCCACAUAUCUAGGCGCUGGUAUGUUCAUGGUUGUAUUCGACGAUGGCACACUAGAUUAUCGUCUUCGUCGAGAAGAUAUUAUGCUGCGGUACCACCCAUCAAUAGUUUCACCAUCAAAUAAUCAGACGAGAAAGCGCCGUGAUAAUCAAGGUGAAGACAAUUCUUCAAAGAGGAGGGAUAGUGAAUCGACCAGUCUAAGUGGAUCGGGGGAGGAGAAUGUUAUUAGCACAAAAGCAGGGAGACAGUCAAGACAAACGCAGGAUGAAGAGAGGGAAGACUAUUAUUCAGAUCCGUCGGAAGCACCUGAGAUGUAUUUACCCCCAUUGCAACAUGUAAUGGUGGACUUCUCCGUCACUCCACCCAGAGAAAUGGUACUGAGCUUUGACGAUAGUGGCAUCGCUUACGAAAUUGGGCUACCUUCUUGCAGUGUUGUUAGUGCAGUAAAUGAGAAUUGGCGUCUUCUUCUAGACGAUGAAGCUCUGACUAUGAAGCGUCUCGAGUGUGGAGUGGCCUACGAGGAUGAUUCAACUCAAGUUAGUGAUUCAGACGAUUCAAGCGAUGAAGACAUGACGAUGACACCAUGGCAGCAAAUGACACAGACUUUUGGUAUGGGCAAAGCUGCACGAACCCAGCGACGACGAUCAAGUGUUUCAUCGGUUUCUCAGAUCGAUCGACUACCGGUAACACACAAUGGUAGGAAGCCCCCACAAAGAAGUCUCAAGCAGGUAAUUACCGAGUAUUUCCUUCGUGGGACCAAAAAGGUGCAGCCUAGCAAACCCACGGAUGAACUUGUAUUGGCCGAACAUGUGCGGUUAAUGGGGGCAAAGCUUCAUACUAUGCGGUCGACUCAAUGUAGUUCAAGCUCACCGACCACAUCUCUUAUAGCCAAAGGCCAAUCUAGCCUUCGAGUUGUAUAUGAACGAGCUCCUGACGGGAUUCGUGCGUACGGUACGGUCACAGAACAAGUCGAAGACGGAAGCUACGCCGUCGUGACGGAAGAUGAAGAUGGUAUUUCGGCUCAGGUGGUGCCGCAAGACAAGGUGGACUUCUUGCCAUCCGUGGAUGAACUGGAGCAACAAUUAACAGACCUCGAACGAUCACAACGUGUGCUCUUUGUUGGCCAAAAAGUUCAAGUUUCGUUGUAUCCGGGAAGCCGAUUCUCCGGUCAUGGACUCAUUACGUUGGAGCGAGAGCAUCAGUCUCGUUUCCAUGUUUUACUCGCCAACCGUAUUCGACUAGUGAAUGUUCCGGCAGAUAAGAUCAGCCCUCUACGAGAGAAGAAGAAAGCUGCAGUUACUAUCACGGAAGACCAAUUUCUCGUUUGCAGUGACAAGGUUAAAGUGUACAUUGGCGAUCAGAUCUAUGUGAAAUGUUCGGCUGGCAAUGGUGAUCUCGACAAUACAAGCGAGGAAGAGAAACUUGGGCUUCUAAAUGGAGUUUAUUCCAACAAAACUGCAGCUGUAGAUUUCGCUGACGGCUCGACUGGUUAUGAGAUCCCUCCACAUCUUAUCUUUAAACGCAAGCGCUUAAGUAUUCCAGCAGAUCAAGACGUGAGAUCUCUUAAGAAUGCUGUACUGAUGCAAGCCUCUGCUGCGGCGCAAGGCGGAGGAAAAGAGUCUUUUCCGGUGCUGGAGGAAGGAUACCAGGUUAAAGCUGAUCAUCCGAGUAAGGCCACUGUGGAAAGUUGUAUCGUGAUUAAAACCCACGCUUCUUCGGCGUGUGACCUCCGUUUUUCCGAUGGUACCAUCGCAUUCGAGGUGUUCCCGUCACAAAUGAUCCUUGACAGCGUCGAGCAGCAGCGUAGACAAACAAAGUCUACUGCCAAUAUAGUCAAAGAAAACUCAAGUCGAGCACGCAAGACACCGAUUUAUGCAGUGGGAGACUACGUGCUUGCAUGGAGUUCACGGUUUGGACGAUAUUGUUCUGCCAAAAUCACUGCCAGAACUUCUCAAGACCCUACCAGUGCUCCAGAAUCUGGUGCUGGAUCACCGGUGCAUGCGUCGACGUACAUAUAUACCCUGGUGUUCGACUAUGGCGAGCAGAAAGCACACUUGCCGCCCGAUAAGAUCACACGUUUGGAUGAUACUACUGCGCUCUCCCAUUCUCAACGAUUGACUAACUACAGCAUUGAUACUAUGGGGUUUGAGCUAUCACCUGUAAUUUUCAUUGUCGGAGAGGCCGUAAUGGGUCGGGUCCAUGGUACUGCUCGAUACUUUAAUGGUGUUGUCGAAGCUGUUAACGAGAAGGAGAGAGUCUGUGCGGUGUGCUUCGACUCGUCCGAGCGAGACACUGUUGUACCCUUCUCGGCAAUGUUCUCGGUCGAUCCACGGCCACACCUCAAAGGCAGAAGCUCAAGUACUAGGCAAGUAGGUAGCUCGUCUUCGGAUGCCACUUCACGAGCACGAUUCCUUGCACGCCAACAGGAAGACAUGAUACUACCCUCAGAAGCAAGCACACGACGACGACGGAACAGCAGUGGAUCGGUUGGCACCAUGCUCAAGUCCAUGGCCGGAAGCAUCCUUCGAAGCUCGCGGUCGAAACGGAAUCUUGACACGCGUCGAGGCUCGCACAUGAUCACCGAAAUUGGUGCUCGUCUCCGGCUUACAGAGCAAUAG